AUGAUCUAUGAACCACCGCGGCGCGAGAAGCCGGCUGUGAUUGAAGAGCGGACAGGUCUGAUCCAGUUCCGUGUUGUGACAAACGACAGCAAGCCCGAAUCGCUCGUUAUCCUUACCGGGCUUAAGAACAUUUUCAUGCGCCAGCUGCCCAAAAUGCCGCGCGAGUACAUCACGCGACUGGUCCUCGACCGGAACCAUUGGAGUAUGGCGAUUGUCAAACGUGGUCUCCAGGUUGUUGGAGGCAUCACGUAUCGUCCCUUUCCCCAUCGUGAGUUUGCCGAAAUUGUCUUUUGUGCGAUUGCCAGCACGGAGCAAGUCAAAGGGUAUGGCUCGCAUCUUAUGAACCAUUUGAAAGACCAUGUCAAAAAAGUGUCGCCCAUCAAGCACUUCUUGACUUAUGCGGAUAACUAUGCUAUUGGUUAUUUCAAGAAGCAGGGCUUUACCAAGGAGGUUUCGCUGCCUCGCUCGGUGUGGGUCGGCUAUAUCAAGGACUAUGAGGGUGGCUUGGACGUGUUCAAGAAGCGCAAUGCGAGCAAUGCAACUCCGUCUGACAAGGUGGAGCUCAUUGUGCAACCCAGCGAGGUACCCGGCCUGCGCGAGACGGGAUGGACGCCCGAAAUGGACGAACUAAGCCGCCGCUCCAAGCGCGGACCCCACUUUACGGCGAUGCGUCACAUCCUCGUCGAGCUCAAUGGACACGCAAGCGCAUGGCCAUUUGUGGCACCUGUGAAUGCUAAUGACGUUCCAGACUACUAUACAGUGAUCACGAACCCGAUGGACUUGUCUACCAUGGAGACCAAGCUGGAGAACAACCAAUACGAAACGGUGGACGACAUGGUCAAGGAUGCGCAGCUUGGUACGUUUCUCCGCUAA